AUGUCGUUCACUGCCAACACCAAUCCCGCCGCGCGCCGGGUCAACCACGACGUCCUCCGCCAUAUUCCAGGCCUCACUUGGACCAUCCGAGCCGACUUCCUGCUGGGCGACGACCUCGCCUGUUGCAUACUUCUGAGUCGCCGCCUUGCCAACAAGACCCGCAACUUCGAGCGCAACGUCUACCUCGAAAAGCUCCGAACCCGCCUGGCUUCCAUGAUCACCGACGCCCUGAACCACGUCAAGCUGGUCCAAGACGGCAUUGAGGAAUUGCGCAGCAACUUGCCGCAUCGCAGCUGGGAGGUCUACAACCCCAUGGGAGAGCGCGAAGAGGAGCUCAUCAAUCGCUUCGCAGAUGCUCGCGCCGACUACCUCGCCAUGCAUCUUCUGAGCUCUGUAGAGGGCCACGAGACCUACCAGACGCUCCUUGAUGCCUUGGAUCACAAUGUUCAGCCCCUGCUUCUUGACAGCCCUGCCGAUAAGCCUAGUCAACCGGUCUCUACAACGACAGCGGACAUGGACAGGCCCACUGUACUUGACUCAGAGGUCGCCGUUUGCGCCCCUCUGCCGAGCUCGUCCGAGCCUAACCCGACCCCCAUCGUCGACAGCCUACCCUACGCCAGCGCCACGACUCCUGGCAACGCCCCAGCCGCACCCGAUGACGAGGCGCCCGUCUCGCGUGCUACACUUCGCUGGCUGUGGUCUCGCAUCCUCCCAGGCUUCAAUCAGCGAGAGACUAUCUUUGAGAAGCGUAUUUGGAAGGAGGAUGACCUGGAUGAGUUCAUGCAAGAGUGCCCGUAUCCCGUCUGA